CUAAUUAUGGCACACUAGAAUUGUUAUUUUUGUUUUGCUUAUAACUGAUAAUAUGCGAUAAUUAUACACUUUAAAUAAAAAUAUAAGAUUUUUGAAUAAAAUCCUUCAAUUUAACAAAAUAAUUUAAAAUAAAGCAUAAUGAGUUUUGGAGUACUUGGAGCAGGAGUUGUUGGUAUAACAACUGGUUUAGAGCUACAAAAACAAUUCCCUGGAGCAAAGGUAACAAUAUUAGCUGAUAAAUUUGAUAAAGAUACAACUAGCGAUGGCGCUGCAGGACUAUUUCGGCCGAGUACGAGUUUUACAGGACCUAAUGAAUUCGUAACACGAAAAUGGAUCAAAGAUGCAUAUGAUCACUGGGACGCAAUCAGGUGUACAUCGGAUGCACCUUUGGCUGGAAUUGCACAAAUUUCUGGAUAUAUAUUUUCUAGUGAACAUCCACAUGUUGUUCAGAAUUCUAGAAUUGAUAAACUCGUACCAAUAUAUAAACGUGCUACUGAAAAGGAAUUAACACUUUGUCCUGGAAAUUGGAAAUAUGGUACUUUCUUUACUACAUUAAUGAUCGAAUGUGGAUUAUAUUUACCGUGGGCGUACCAACAAUUCCAAAAUAAUGGUGGAAAAAUAAUGAAACGCAAAGUAAACAGUUUCCAAGAAUUAACAUCAGAAAAUUUUGAUGUUGUAGUUAAUUGCACAGGAUUAGGUGCCCGUUAUUUAUGUAACGAUACACAACUUGUACCUUUACGAGGUCAAGUACAAAAGGUACACGCACCUUGGAUAAAAACAUUUUUCUUUGGUGAUUAUGAUACAUACAUUAUACCAGGAUUUAAAGCAGUUACAUUAGGCGGUUGUAGACAAUUAGAUAGUUAUAAUUUGAAUGUAUGUCCCUAUGAUUCAGCUUCAAUCCGUUCAAGAUGUGAAUCAUUAUUACCUAGUUUGAAAUCAGCAAAAACUAUUCGUGAAUGGGUUGGACUCAGACCACAUAGAGCUGUGGUACGCGUGGAAAAAGAAAAACUGAUUUACAAUGAAAAAGCUUUGAAAGUAGUACAUAAUUAUGGCCAUGGUGGCUUUGGUGUAACUACAGCUCCUGGAACCUCGAUAUAUGCUGUACAAUUAGUAAGAGAAACGCUGAGUGGAAAUAGUAAACUGUAGACAGGUUUCUUAUUUAAUGAGGGUCAGAUUUGGAAGAAAUGUACAAACAACCAUCAUCCAUGUUAUAGUCUAGGUGGUUAGAUCACUGGUUCACAAAUCUUGAAUUCGAUUCACCCAGAUAUCUUUCUUCAUUAUUUACGACUUUCCUGUAAAUUAAAAUUUAAAAUGAAACGUCAAAAAUGUUUUCUCAAAAUAUAAUGAAGAAAACCUUUAUUAUAGUUCACUAAAAGCAAAGUUUGAUCUUAUAUUUAACGAGACAGGCAAAUUUUUUAAAUAUUACGUAGAGAGGUUGGUUAUCACACGCUUAAUUAUUUUAUCAGUUUAAAAUUUUGAAAAUACGUCCAA